AUGCGGCUUUUGUCGCCUGAUAUCCGUUGUGCCUUCCAGUGCGAGAGCCAGCUAAACAUGGCCACCGAUGCAGGUGCCACUGCCGCGGCGAUGCUACGCAGGAAGACUGGGGAGCUCGUGGCAGCACGUGUCCUGCGAGAGGUCUUCACGAUUCCUUUGGCAGACUUGGGCCUGCAGGACUUGCAGGUUUCAGUGGUCAUGUACAUGGAGGAGAAGUCCGAGGCCACUUCUCCUCUGCAUCGGCUCGAUGGACUUGACGGACCUGACGACUCCCCUCCAGUUCCAGAGCUAACACUCUUGGAGAGGAUGCGGGCCUCCUGGCAGCACCCAAGAGCCCAGGAGCCUUCCACAAAGCGGCUGUGUCGAUCACAGGUCCUUCCACGAGUCCCCGAUGGCGUACGGCCUGACAAUGCCCGAAAUAUCCUUUGCCUGCGGAUCGGCACGGGGCUCGGGCCGUUUGCACCCUUUGUUGGAAAAUUGGCGAACAGUCUCCUGCGAGUGGAGACUCAGUGCGAGCGCGCUGGAACAAAAGGGGAGUUCAAGCGAAAGAUUACAGGCCCCUGCAGGACUCGCUGA